UGAACGCAUCGACGGGCCUUCUUUAGCGCCUCCUCUAACUUUAUGCGCCGAUCCUGAUCUGCUUGCACAAAAAAGCAACACUGGUCAGUGGGAACAAAUGUGUGCGUGCCUUGGUGCGUAAAUGCAGGUUACGUACAUUAUAUGUUUUGUUGGUGGGAAUGGAAGUGGGUGUAUUCCUGGUGUGUAACUCACAAACGUGCCUGAUGAUGUCCCUUCCCCUCCCAUGAUCUUCCAGACGACACGAGACAGUGCAUGGAAAAUAGAAGGAGAGAAAGUUUCCCCAAUCCUUGCGUUUCAUGUCAGCGCUUUCGCUCCACUGUGGGAGAGGGAGGACGCGUCACACAGAUAUACUGCGUCUGCUGCUGUACAGACUGACGGACACUCACGUACAGGAUCCGGUGGAGAUAGUCGGGAAAGCCCCUCGGCGGAUAAAUUCAGAGAGCUUGUAACGUGGAAGCAAGCGCUAUUUAAGUCCUUAUUUGAAUGUGCUUUGGUUUGGAUUAAGCUGAAUCUCUUUAGUUGUCGACUUAUAGAAGAAAGAAAAAUAUAUAAAUGUUGGUUUUUAGUUUAAAGCCAUAAAAACAAUCCUGUCCUAUAAGGAGACGCCGUUUUGUAGGUUCCAGAAAACUCGUGGCUUGUGACAAAACCAGAUGUUUGCUUUUUAACCCAGUCCUCGUUGCCUGACAGGACAUGACGGGGACUCCGUUUCUACCCUGCAAAGCCAAAACUCCGCUCAAUGCGAGCGGACCCCGAAGUUCAUAAAAGGGAUUAUUUGCAUCUGGGUGCCUGAGACCUUCGGUGCCUCCGGAUUUUACUUUGGAUUUGGGAUUUAUCCGUUCUCACCGGGAUGGAAAGCCGAGAUUUCGCUCCCCCGCACCUCCUGACGGAGCGGAGCGCGUUGGUCCACAGCGCCGCGUCUCGGAUGGCGCCAGGCGGCCACGGCUCCAUGCAGCACCCCGCUCACUUCCAGCCCGGGAAAUACUACCCAUCCCACCUUUCCAUGGCUCCGCACACAGGUGCUUCCUUCAUGGGUUCCUUCCUGGCCAGCAGUCUGGGGUCUCCCUCCCAUCCUCCUCACCCUUCGGGACCUGCUGCCUCCCCCUCCUCCCCGUCCUACAGGGCUGGACCUCAUUCAAGCCCUUCCCCUAUUUGGUUUCCCCAUUCACAUGAAGGGUACCACGGCUAUUCAGGAAGUCUCGCUUCUCCUUUUCUCCCCAUGAGUCCCCUGGAUCACCAUAGCAACGGUCUCUAUGGACAGCACCGCUUCUAUGAGACUCAGAAAGAUCACUUUUUCCUCAGAGGCCUUCCUCCCCAGCCCUCCCUGCUCUCCACCAAUCGCAGCCUUCCUCCAUUGUCCAGAACUGGCCCGGGCCACACACUCAGCUCCUGCAGCCGGGAGGCAGACACUGGGGGAGGAGGAGGAAAGAGCACCAAGGACACGGGCGAGAAAGGGCUUUCGUCCGUGUCAAAGGAGAGGGAGCGCUCGGGCAGCAAGGAGAGGCACCAGGAAAGCAAAGAAAAGCAGCUUCUUCAUCAUCAUCCUCAUCAGACGAACCCUUCCUCCACCCCAACAGGACACCACCACCAGGCUUACGCUCACCCCCACCCCACUCUCAUCCCCCACCUGACAUCCCAGGCCAGGGAGGAGGAGCACAGGCAGUCUGUGGAGCGGCACAAGGAGUUCAGAGACGGGGACUUGGGCGGUCAGGGGGCAAAACUUGUGAGCGCCUGUAAACUGUCCAGUGCGUCAGGAGCAGACAGUGGCUCCGGAGGAAAGGGGGGAGCACUGAGCAGCUGUAGUGGCGGUGGGGCGAGCAGGCCUUCGUCCGGAGGCGGCAGGCGGUGUUCCAAGGAUGGACCCGUAAACGGUGAGAUGAGGAUCAGUGACUCUUCGCCCUCCUCUGAAUGUAUGAGACGAGGCGCCAGUGCUGCAGCGGCCGCAAUACUAGCUCCUCCGACCCCCCAUUCUGUGUCCUCCUAUUCCAUGCCCCCGCCUCCCCCGCCUCCCCCCCAUGCCUUGCACAUGGGUCCUGCAGUCACAGGCGGGUGGCUGCACCAUACACACCACCAUCCCCAUCCUGACUUUUUCUGUCCUCCGACCUCUCUUGCACUGACACCCUCCAAAGAUCCAAUAUCCAUCCCUGCAGGUUCUGGCAGGGAGGCAAAAGUUAUUGGCCCGACAUACGUGCCCUCAGUGGGGCCGCUCGGAGACCCGGCCGCCCCCGACUGCCGUGGAGCAGGGGGAGUUGGGAGAAAGGGCGACGUCAAGAAUGGAGAAGGAUGUUACGAAAGUCCCUCUCAUCACCUGAGUCGACUUAGCAGUUGCCAGAAGAAGGACAAAUCCCAGCCACACCAGCAGGAGCUGGGAUUUGGCAAAGCCGACAAGCCCCCUGACUGGAGCCACCAGACACAGCACUUCCACAAAGUCAGCCCCAACACGAGUUCCCAGUCUGAAAUGCGGUCCUGCAGCCUAGAAACAUCAUCUUUCAGAGAUGUCGAGAUUGUGGACGAUGUUUACCGGGCCUCACUUUCACUGGAUGCCCAAGGGACACACUCUGGUGUGUCCAAGAAUCUCCCUGACACCAGCGCUACUCCCUUCAGGGACUGUUCCCUGUCAGGGCCCCUUCCUGAAGGCAGGGUGGGAUCAGGCUCUCAGAGGGAGGGACAAAAGGUUGCACGAAUACGGCACCAGCAGCACAGCAGUCACGGCGCGAGUGCAGAGGAGAAGGGACGAGACGGAGGUCAGACGGCACUUUCUUGGGGCACUCGGGGAGGUCACCAAGACGAACCGAGGAAAGGCCCUCAUCACGUCUCCGGCGGCAACGGUGAUGCUCGAGGGCUCAGCGAUAGAGCUUCCAGCAGCGAACACAGCCAACUGCCUUCUCAGCCACCUCUAUCCCGCUCCUCGUCCCACAGCGCCGAAGGCGAGGGCAGCGCCAUGAAGAACCUGAUGAACUACAGCUCCCAGCAGCCCUUGCUGCUACCACAGCGGAGUCCCUUCGGCGGCCUGGGUUGCCUUAAGCAGAGUGGGGAGAGGUCCGACAAGGGCGACAGAGGAGGCGCUAGAAGCAGCACCUCCCUGCAGGACCCUCCCAAGCAGACGCUGCCUCCUCGUCGAGGAGCGAGCCACGAGGGAGAAAGAGGCGAGAGGAGCGGGAGGGAGGCGGGGGAGGCAGGAGAGGGGGAGGUGCGGCAGCCUCCCGUGGGUAUUGCGGUGGCUGUAGCCCGUCCACCCCACCCCUCCCCAGACAACACCGCUGGACACAGCCGGCAGGGCAGGGUGCUGCCCAGCAUGAAAGCAGGGGUGUCACGCCCCGGGUAUCCUCUCGGUCGGGAGGCAGAGGACAGGAAGCGCUUGGCAGAGGACCAGAUGAGUUUGCAUCAUCUGGAGAGAGACAGAGAAAUGAUCAUCAGGGAAAACAAGGACCGCGCUGAGUUCGCCAGGAUCCACCCUUCUAGUAGUUGCCAUGGUGACCUGACCUCUCACCUCUUGGUCCCUGGAGGAGCCAGCCAGCUAGGGGCAGACCCUGUUGCACAUGCCCACCCGGCUCACCAUCACUGGAUGCAAAGGACAGGAAGCCCCUCCCUGUGGAUGGGACCUUCUUAUGGUUUAAGCCACGUGGGCAUGAGCCCAGGCUUUCCUCCAGGUCUCCCCAGCCCUCUCCAGCCCGUCCUUGGGUCCCUGACUCAGGACCCUAACUCCCCACUGGUAGUUCUGCCUACAGAACCUGGGCCCCAUCAUCACCUCGACGUUCUGGAGCAGUCAGCGUUGUGGCCUCCUGUGUACGGGAGCAGACACCCCCCUCCCCACCUGCAGCAUCACCCGGUUUAUUCCCGCUCCUCAUUCCUACGGCAACAGGAGCUGUAUGCCCUGCAGCAUCAGCACCAGCAGCACCAGCAGCGAGCCAUGGAGCACAUGCAGCGCCACUCCUUGGGACAGAGAAAACACGAGGAGCACACCGUCACCGUAGAAGACUCUCCUCACGAAUCUUCAGCCUCCAGGACCCCCUCCACAUCCUCUUCCUCAUCCACCACAUCUUCUCAUGUUGCCAAACCCUUCUCCCACACCCCUCCGCCACCUAAGACGCCCACGCCGUCUUCAGGGCUGUGCCAGUCACCCUGCUACCACUCCCCAUCCAGGCGUCCUCACCCGCCCAACCCUCUGACCCCGGCGCCGAGCCCUGCUGCGGCGGCACCGCGGUCCCCGGCCAUCAGUCCUGCUCCUUCACAUCUCUCCAAAGGGCUGGAGAGGUGCAGCGAUAGAGGGGAGGGACAGCCGCCUCAGGACUACCCACAAUCUCUAGAGCCAGACCUGCCACCUGUUUACUCCUACCCCUCCAUCACCACGGGUUACAAGGCUGGCCACUCGUCGCCCGAAGCGCGACUGGCCGAACAGUCCACAGUGGAGGUGGAGCCAGUGGAGACGGAUUCCAAGUCCCUCCCACAUCAGCACCGCCUCCAGCCUCUCGCCAAAGACGAGGAGAGUAGGAAGGAAAAGGAUGACAGGCGCUGUGAAGUGCUGGAAUCCCCUGGUGGAGUUUCAGAGGAAGAGGAGGCGGAGAGGAAGAGCGACGCAAAAGGAUGCUCCUUUUCCAAAUCCGAGUGUGAGAUUUCUGGAUUACCGCCAUGUCCUUCCACAGUCCCAGACAGAGCCUACCCUGCUGCAGCUACAGGCAAAGCCCUAGAAGCGGAGCUCUCCCUGGGUUGCCUGGGCCAGACGUCGGUCCUGGAGGAGCCCCAGCUAUCCAAAGAACAGGAGGAUGAGAGGGAACAGGAGAAGAGGGAGAUGGAGGAGGAUGAAGGCGAGAAGACGGAGGAGCCAACAGGAUCUGUGUCGGUUGAGUUUGAGGAGGAGAAGGUGGAGGAGGAGCACAGAAGUGAAGAAAGCCUCGAGGUGGUUGAAGUGGAACCCCCUCUGUGCUCUGACCCUCCCACCACAGCCACAGCCACGCAUCUCCAAGGGGCCUACAUGUGGAGCCUGGAGCUCCUGAUCGCAGCGGCUCUGUGCGCCUCCAGAGAUGCCUUGUGUCCGCCUGUGCCCGCCGUCCGGCCUCCGAGCCCUCCGCCCCACAAUGGUAUGGAGAUACUGGGAGAACUGGCCGAGUUGGAAAUCCAGCAGAGGAGUCGGGAGAGCAAGGAGGAGGACAAUGAAGGUGGGGAAGUGCUGACCUUUGACCUCCACAGUCUGGCAACGCUGGCUGCCGCCCGUGCCCUGGAGGUGGGGGCGGGCGCCGUGCAUGUGGGCGCGGACCAGCAGUGUCCAAUCAGGACGAGGCUGAACCUGCGCAGGAAGUGCAGCUGGACGCCUCGCCAUGAGCCGGUGUGCCCAGUGAAGGGCUCCAUGGAGACGAUGGGCGGGGAGGAGCUGGCCAUGCGUGUCCAGCUGGCUGAGCUACAGCGCCGUUACAAAGAGAAACAGAGAGAACUGGCCAAGCUACAGAGGAAACACGACCACCAGAAAGAGGAGACGUCUCGUAGCCCUGCCCGACGGGGGCCCGGCCGCCCCCGCAAGCGCAAGUCCACCCCCGGCCCAGCUGCUGCAGAGAGCACCAAGAGACUCAGGGCCGGGCUGAAUUUAUUGGAGGAAAAAGCCAGGAAGAAAAUGUCCAGUCACAACUUCAACAGCCUCAGUGCUGCUCAGAUAAAGGCUCGCUGUAAGCACAGGGAGCAGCCCGGUGCCCUGAGCUCCAGGUUGGCACGGCGGAUGACCCAGCAGAAGCAGAAGGCUGCAGCCCAGUGUGGGCCACCCUCUGCAGCCUCGCUGCACUCCAGAGGUGCUGCUGGAGCAGAGGAGACCCCCAAAGGUGACGGCAGAGAAGGAGGAAGAGACUCUCAGCUGGACUGGGCAGCUGGGCAGGCUGUGAAGAGGAAGAGGGGCAGAAAGCCCAAAGUGCUGAUGGGUGUGGACCUAAACAGAGUUUACCGCAAGGAAAGCCGGGUCUGCGACAAACGGGAGGACAGGGACGAGAGAAGCGACAGCGACAGCUCCGAGCACGAGGAGGACGACGGCAGCUACGACAGCGAAGACGGAGGCGGCGACGUCAAGAUCAGCUCAUCCUCUAAAGAUGCUCCUGCUCACGCUGCUGGGACCGUUCCUUUCCCACCACAGUCCUCCAGGAUCCAGACGAACCAGAAAGCGAGGAGAACGAGACCAGAGCCUCCAGGUGUCUUGAGCAUGCUCAGUACGGAUCAGAGGAAAGAGCCCAGAGGGCUGGGCCUCUCCAGCGUGGAGAGAGGGCGUCCGGACCAUCAGGGCUCCAGGAGGGCGGCGCUGCCUGGCUGGCGCCCGCCGGCCGUCGUGUGCGGCUUCGCCGACGGCCGCACGGGCCGCGGCGCCGUGACCGACGCGAACAGGGCGGUCAGGGACAGCGUGAGGAGAAGCUCAGCGGCACAGAGCAUUCUGGGAAAGGCCAAGGGCCACGCAGUCAGCCGACUCCUGCAGAGCUUCGCGGCCGACGACGGCUUUCAGCUGGACGAGGAGAGCAGCUUCUCGGAGAGCGAGGACGAGGAGGAGGAGGAGCCGGAGGAGGAGGAGGAGGCGAAGAAUUCAGCCCACCUUCCUCCCAACAUGCCCUGCAGAAUACCUGCUCUGCCAAACUGCGUGCUGAGUAAAGAGAUGCUGGUGGACGGCCUGAAGAUCCUGAUCUCCAAGGAGGACGAGCUGCUGUACGCCGCAUGUGUUAAAACUCUGGACCUGCCCGACAUAUUCAGUGUUGUCAUCGAAGGGGAACGAGGGAAUCGCCCCAGGAUCUACUCCCUGGAACAGCUUCUGCAGGAGGCGGUGUUGGACGUGCGGCCCCAAACCGAGGCCAUCCUGACCACAGGGACUCGAGUGUGUGCUUACUGGAGCGAACGCUCCCGCUGCCUCUACCCAGGAUACGUCCAUCGAGAAGGAGCGGGUGAGGAGCAGAAGGAGGGCAGCGUGAUGGUAGAGUUCGACGACGGGGACCGAGGGAGGAUCUCCCUCGGAAGCAUCCGACUUCUCCCCCCGGGAUAUCAAGUGUGCUGCGCCGAGUCCUCCCCGGCGCUUCUGAUGUCACCGGGUCGCCGCGGCCGCCCCAGCUACGCCCAGGAGAAGAAAGACACACCUGCAGAAAAACAGGCCGAGGAGCCGGCAGCAAGGCCUCAGGAGAAAAGACCAGUUGGCAGACCGAAGAAAAUCCACUCAGUGCCUAAAACCGUCAGCACGCCGACGCCAGUCACCGACGCGCUGCCCAAAGGCAGCAGCUCCGUGCUGAACUGGUCGGCUCCCAGGAAGAAGCCACCGGUCGACUUCUUCCUCUUCAACGGAACGUCCCGUAAGACCAAGCGGAGGACACGCGAGCAGGACCUGGGCUUGUUCCACCGGCCGGCGCACCACACGCUGACUCCUCCCACUCCAAUCAACGGCAUCUUCGGUUCCCCUUUUGAGGUGGACUCAUUCAGCAGCAUUGCCAAUGGCCACUCCACCUUCGGAAGCGGGGGAAACUGUGGCCCCGCGCGGCCGCUGACGACAGCCGCGCCCGUGGGGCUCCGGGAGUCCUCCUCCUCCUCCUCCUCGUGCUCCCCGGCUGUUACCAUGGCAACGGCAUUGCUCGGCAGAAAACCGGCGGGCGAGCGCGACAGGAAGCACUUCUUGGUGAAGCUCGACCACGAAGGCGUGACGUCUCCCAAGACGAAGAACAGCAAAGCCCUGCUGCGCCUCGGGGGCAGCGGAGGCAGAGGCGUCAGGGGCCUCGGCUCUGCCGGAGCGCCGCCCAGGUACGUGCACCCCGCGCUGCUGCUCAAGGAUGGGAAGAAGAGAGCAGGGCAAGGUAGCGGCAACGGCGCCCAGUCCGAGGCGCUUCUGAGGAAAGAUGGCCUGUCAGCCGGCCUGGUCCAGGACGGAGCCUACAGCCCGGACUACCCGAGCGACUGCCCGAGCUCCUACUCUGAGCUGGACGAAGACGAUGAGGAUGACAGUCGAGGAGCGGAGGCGCACGGGAGUGCGGCCGCCCCGUCCCACCGCGGCAGCCGAUUCCUCUCUCGCCUCUCCGUCUGCUUCUCCUCAUCUUCAUCCUCCUCUUCCUCCUCCGGCUCCAUCUCCUCCUCCUCCCUCUGCUCCUCGGACAAUGACUCCUCCUAUUCCUCUGACGAGGAGUCGUCAUCGGUGCUGCUGCGCCGUGCGCUCCUGCAGCAGGACAAGCAGAAGCAGAGGCAGAGCAUGACCUCUGACCUUCUGGCCGCCGAGCCUGCCUCCUCCGGCUCUCCUCCGGCCCCCGCCCCCGCUCACGGCUACGUCGCCAAGGCCAGCGUGGCCGCGUCGGGCUCCAAGGCGCGGGCCGACAGAGCUGAGGACAGAAAGGAGUUCAUGGCCAGAGGGAGCGCGGUGGCUAACAGCGGCACGGCUAAGACGCAGCUGAAGAGAAAGGAGGGGCUUUCCAGCAGCCACCAUCAAAGCCAACAGCCCAAACCUGCUCCCAAGGACCCUUCAACAGCUAAAAGACAGAGGAUGUCUUCGCCGGAACCUCUGACAAACAUGACUCCCCUGCAGCCGGGGCGCCAGCUGUGGAAAUGGUCUGGCAACCCCACACAGAGGCGCGGUCUGAAGGGUAAAGCCCGGAAGCUCUUCUACAAGGCCAUCGUGCGGGGCAAGGAGACGGUGCGUGUCGGGGACUGUGCCGUGUUCCUGUCGCCCGGCCGGCCCCAGCUGCCCUACGUGGGCAGAGUGGAGAGCCUGUGGGAGUCGUGGAGCUCCAGCAUGGUGGUCAGGGUCAAGUGGUUCUACCACCCGGAGGAGACUCGUCUGGGGAAGCGGCACCGCGACGGCAAGAACGCCUUGUACCAGUCGAGCCACGAGGACGAGAAUGACGUGCAGACCAUCUCCCACCGCUGCCAGGUGCUGAGCAAGGCCGAGUACGACCACCUGACGCGCGAGCGCAAACCUGGCAACGCGGCCAACGACCUGUUCUACCUGGCCGGCAGCUACGAGCCGACCACAGGCCAGCUGAUCAGCGCCGACGGCAUGGCCAUCGUGUCCUAGAGUCAGUGUUAGAGACAAACCCAAAUAUUAACCUCGUAUCUGGAGUUGACUGCUUCCAGGAUGGUCCUUCAGAACAGAGCAGGAGGCAGAUGGAGGGCAGGACCAGGAGCUCUGGCUCUGAGUACUGGUCUGCCACUUGUAGGAGAAGGAGCCCGUCCACUGGAUGAGGCCCAACAGUACUGGCACUUGACAGGAGUCCAGUUUGUUCUGGGUAAGAAUCUGAUUGAUACCAGGCAUCACCUCGAUGGAUGUGGACUGAGGCUCCUCAUCGCAGUGAGAGUCUCCAGCGCUCCCUGCGUUUGAACCGUCAGUAUUUUGUCAGUGCAGCAAGAUCCCUGCAUCACAACAAGGACGUGAGCACUUUGGAGUACAGCAGCGUGGAUGCGCUACAGAGGGAGCGUGGCAGAAUGUACUUAAAUAAAUAAAUAAAGACUGGCACAGGGAGCAGGAGAGGCUGAGUAGUAAGAAACUUACUAACCCACACUGGUUUGGAUGGUUUGAAUGGUCUUAUACUGGGAGUCUGAUGAUGACAACGAUGUUGGGAAUCCCCCAAGAGGACCAAAAAACACUGUAGUUUGGACGCGCGCGUGUGUGUGUGUGCGUGUACAUGUGUUUGUGUGUGUGUGUGUGUGUGUGUGCGUGUGUCUCAUCAAGCAGAAACGACACUGCGACGCGUCGUCUCUAUGUCUCUGACAGUCGGAGUAUUAUUGUAACCCGUACGUAACGUGCAGGUCUCAGUCCCUGAGACUGAAGCGCCGAGUGAUUUCUCGUUUUCUCCCGUCAAGCCAUACACAUCAAUACCUCUCGCUCUCGCAUCCAGCUAUUUGGGUGCGAUGAUACAUGUACAGGUAAUUCCGUUGUUCCUUUGAACUGUGCUUGCACAGUGUAGCAGUAGUAUGUGCGCUUUGUACAGCAUUAUGUAUAUAACAACAUGUAAAAAGUAUACAUACAUAUAUAAAUAUAUAUAUAUUUGUUUUUUGUUGCUCUGCUUUGCAGAGGAGAGUAUUUUAUUUAGAUUUUUUAGGGUGUGUGUGGGGGAGGCGGGUGAGGGGGGUCUGGUUGAGGGAGGAGGUUGGGAUCCUUGUCUUUCACUGCACUGAACAGGAUGAAGGCCUGGGCUCGUACAACUGAUGUGAAGACUUUGUGGUUGUAAGUCCUGCUUCAGAGGUAAAUGUCUAAAAGGGGUGUUUGGGAAAUGAUGAUUUUUUAAAGUAAGAAAAAAAGGAAAAAGGCUCUUUUUAAGACAUGUGUCCAAAUGUUUUUAUUAGCUUUUAUUUUGGUCUGUUUAGAAUGUGCAUUUCUUUUUUUUUUUCACAAA